AUGGCCUGGAUGCAAUUGUCAGAGGAGAGCAAGGAGCGCAUCGCGCGUGUCAUCGACAUCUCACGAGUCGCCAUCCACUACGGCUACCUCCCUCUCAUCAUCUAUCUCGGAUACACUCGAAGCAACCCACGGCCGUCGUUGAUCAGACUUUUCUCUCCACUCGCGCAAUAG